AUGCCCUUGAGAAUCAAUCCAAACCACACCAACAUCAUCACCCACAACAAGAAAACACUUCCACACCUCAGAAUACAGCAUCGAACAAURGCCGUCAUCAAAACCCUCAUCGGAGUGGCCCUCCUGGCGAUUUCAGUCCAGGCUAGGGACCCGACCUGUCUUACAGGCAGUCGAGGCGCCCCCUACAACAAAGCGCAGACCGUCACAAAGGACGGCCGCAUCUAUUCCCUUUGCUACAACGCCGGUGGCUCCGCGUCCAACGCAGCGACCCUCGACCAGGCCUGGAUCUGGGACGUCGAUGCCAUCCUACAGCGUCGCGUUAACGGCGGUGCCUGCUGCAUCGACUGCCUUCCCACGGCCCAAGGCGAUGGAUGCACCGGAAGCUCGGGAAUUGGCGACAUUGAUGGUUGUAUUAUCGGCAAGAGUAGCCCACCUCCUUUAACCCAAGCCGAGAAAGAUAUUUUCCUUGAUCUUCUCAAAGAUCUUGUUUACAAGAACACGAAGAUCAAGCCUCUCGAUGGUAGUGGCUACUACAGUCCCGCCUUCACGAUUGACAAGGCCUCCAAUGGCGUUCGAGAGGUUACCUACAACGUCUUUGGAAAGAAGGACAAGUGUUGA